AUGGCGGCCAUGGCGAUGGCGAUGGCCGGGUUGAUGAACGGAGAGAGAGCAGUGGUGCUUCUGUUCAUCGGUCGUGUCCUCUUCUCGCUCCCUCUCUCUCUCCUCUUCCACGGCGUCGCCCUCUCUCUCCUCGCUCUCUCCGCUCUCUCCCUCGACAUCCUCGCCGACUCUUCCACUUCCCUCGCCCAAUUCAACACCAGGCCUGGUGCUUCGUCGGGCAUACUGUUAGGGGCCGUCACGUUGCCCACUGUUGUGAUCUCCAAAAUGAUACAGCUCUCACGGGCGUUCCCCUUGGACCAAGUUGGCAUUGAAGAACUUGAAUCUUUGACGUUGCAAUACUGGGCUGCUUCUGCCAGCUGUCUGAGUGUGCUUAUCUUCCUCUGCAUAACUCUGUGGCGGGCACCUGAGAAUAUGCCUCCUCCACCUGCACAUAAUGUUUGGCAUGCAAAAUUUAGCUUAAGUUGCAUAAUAUUACACACAGCAGUGAGCUUUGUGACUUUUGGUACAGUAUCUCUUACUAGCUUUGAGACUGCAUUGAAGUUAUUGUGGAUGCUUUGUCACGGAUUGGCAGCUGUAAAAUUAAUUCAGCAUGUUAUUAAAACUUUCCCAUCUUGUGCUUCCAUUGGGGAAUCAUGUCUGGUGACUUCAGGUCUUGUUCUCUAUUUUGGUGACAUGUUGGCAUAUACCAUUGAAAAGGUGUCUGGGUUUACUAUGAAAUCAGAGGUGGUACGAUAUGGAAGUAAAAGAAGUGAGAUAAGUAUUAUUAUACAGGGAUUGCUGCUUGGCCUUCUUCUUUUUCCAAUGGUCUUUAAAUUUGUUCUUCGAAUAUGGGAAUCCACAUUCAGUAUAGCCCGUUCUGAAGUUAGGACAAACAACGAGAUUUGGAGAUCUCUUAUCUUCUUUUCUGCCCUUGGAUUUAUCAUGAUUGUGAUCAUUCCGUCAUGGAUGCAGUUGGUUCAGGAUUUUCAUAUGCAUCCGUUGCUAUGGGUACUUUCAUUUAUUUUUUCGGAACCACUUAAGAGACUAUCUUUGUGUGUCUACUGGAUGUGCGUGAUAUAUGUGUCUGUUCUAAGGUUCUACAACAUUUCAAAGAAUAGCAAGAUUGAGAGGAUUCUACUACGAAAAUACUACCAUCUGAUGGCUGUGUCAAUGUUUCUGCCUGCUCUUAUCUUCCAGCCAGAGUUUCUUGAUCUAUCAUUCGGUGCAGCUUUGGCAGUUUUCUUGGCAUUGGAAAUUAUUCGAGUAUGGAGAAUUUGGCCAUUGGGACAAUCCAUACAUAAAUUUAUGAAUGCUUUCACUGAUCAUCGUGACUCAGAUCUUCUUAUUGUCAGCCACUUUUCACUCUUAUUGGGAUGUGCUCUUCCUAUUUGGAUGUCUUCUGGGUACAAUGAUCGACCCCUUGCCCCCUUUUCUGGAAUUUUAAGCCUCGGAAUUGGAGAUACAAUGGCAUCAGUUGUUGGGCACAAGUAUGGUGUUCUCAGGUGGAGCAAAACUGGCAAGAAAACAAUUGAAGGGACUGCAGCUGGUAUAACAUCUGUCUUAGCUGCUUGCUCAGUUCUGCUUCCCCUUCUAGCAUCAACCGGAUAUAUUCUUACAGAGCAUUGGGGCUCUCUUCUCGUAGCCGUGACUGUGAGUGGUUUGUUGGAGGCUUACACGGCACAACUUGAUAAUGCUUUCAUACCACUUAUAUUCUACAGCCUUCUGUGUCUGUGA